UGCACGGAUGUAUUGCAGAGCCUGUUAUUUCUAUUGAACGAUAAAGCAAACGCUGCUGGUGAAACCUUACACCACUGGCGGCAAUUGUAUGGCUUCUUUUAUUUACAAACUGUGAUAUAUUAAGUAUACCCUGCUGCCUUUCAGACAAAAUCAUUACAGAUCAUUAAAAUAAAGGACUACAUGAAGACGCGCGCGCCGUUGAAAGUUUCAUCGAUCUGCUCGCGCUCGGCGCGUGAUUGAAUUCUGGAGGUCUCGCGGAACGCGAAUUCUCCGUUAACGCUUACUGAAGACUGUCACUCUCAAAUCUGCUUUACUUUUCUAACGGUAGUGGAGUUCAGACCGGAGCUGAAAUUUGAAAUAGAAGCCGGAAUGUUACCGGAAUCCGAGUCUGUGUAAAGCGCAAUGACAUCUCGGUUUGUGCUGCCGUUACACUAGCAGGGGUCAACGCUUUCAUGUCAGAGGUAAAUGUCAAAAUCUACCGGAGUUUGUGGGUUUGUCGUCGUUUUCGCCCCAGAGUGUAAUAAGAAAAACUGAGAUCAAAUAAAAGGUCAUUACAGUGCUGAAUUCACAGUGCAGCCCACAGAUGUGUUAGAACACCAAACUCAGUCUACAAGACCAGAAGGCUUGGAGCCGAAGCACUCCUGUUCAUGGAGGGCCGCUGGACCCUGCUACUGCUGCUGGGGGUGUUCCUGGUCUUUCUGACCGCUGAGAUCUGCUCGACUUCAGGCCAAGGCAUCUACACCAACAAGUGGGCCGUCCACAUUGAAGGGGGAGCCAAGGAGGCUGUGAGGAUUGCACACAAACAUGGGUUCAUCAGUCACGGAAGAGUGUUCAGAGACUACUAUCAUUUCCAGCACAAGGGUGUGGUGAAGAGAUCUUUGUCCAGUCAUCGUGGGGUUCAUGUCCGACUACACGCCGAGCCAAAGGUGAUUUGGGCUGAGCAGCAGAUUGCCAAGCGAAGAGACAAGAGAGACAUUCACAUUGAACCAACAGAUCCAAAAUUCCCUCAGCAGUGGUACCUGUAUAACCCCAGUCAUGGAGAUCUGAAUGUGAAGGAGGCCUGGUCUCAGGGCUUCACAGGAAGAGGAGUGGUUGUAACCAUUCUGGAUGACGGCAUUGAGAAAGAUCACCCUGAUCUCGCAAGAAACUUUGAUCCUGAUGCAAGUUAUGAUGUGAAUGACAGAGAUCCAGACCCUCAGCCCAGAUAUACACAGCUGAAUGAUAACAGACAUGGGACUCGUUGUGCUGGCGAGGUUGCGGCAGCUGCAAAUAACGGGGUCUGUGGAGUGGGUGUGGCUUACAAUGGCAAAAUUGGAGGUGUGCGGAUGUUGGAUGGAGAGGUAACAGAUGUUGUGGAGGCUCAGUCCCUGAGCUUGAACUCCCAGCACAUCCACAUUUACAGUGCCAGCUGGGGCCCAGAGGAUGACGGGAAGACGGUGGAUGGCCCUGCCAAGCUGGCCAAAGAAGCUUUCCUACAGGGUGUCACCGAGGGUCGUGGAGGUUUGGGCUCCAUCUUCGUGUGGGCGUCAGGUAACGGAGGGCGAGAACGGGACAGCUGCAACUGUGACGGAUACACCAACAGUAUAUAUACCCUCUCCAUUAGCAGCACCACGCAGUACGGGACUGUCCCUUGGUACAGCGAGGCCUGUUCCUCCACCCUCGCCACCACCUACAGCAGCGGAAACCUCAAUGAGAAACAGAUUGUGACGACGGACCUGAGGAAGAAGUGUACAGACUCACACACGGGCACAUCCGCUUCAGCUCCCCUGGCUGCUGGAAUCAUCGCUCUCGCUCUGGAGGCCAACAUGAACCUGACCUGGAGAGAUAUGCAGCAUCUCGUGGUGAGAACCUCACGUCCCGCCCACCUAAUAACUAAUGACUGGAGGACCAAUGGGGUUGGCCGAUUAGUGAGCCAUUCUUAUGGCUAUGGUCUGCUGGAUGCCAGUGCUAUGGUUGUGUUGGCACAGAACUGGACCAGCGUGGGGCCGCAGCACAAAUGUGUCAUUAAUAUGCUGAUCGAGCCAAGGGACAUCAGAAACCACCUGAUCUUCAGCAGAUCUGUUGAGGCCUGCUCUGGGCAGCCAGACUUUGUGAGCUCUUUGGAACACGUACAGGCCAGACUUACCAUCUCCUAUAACCACAGAGGAAACCUGGCUAUCCACCUAAUCAGUCCUCUGGGAACUCGUUCCACGCUGCUGGCUCCACGGCCUCAAGACAACUCAGCUGAAGGGUUUAAUGACUGGGCAUUCAUGACCACCCACUCCUGGGAUGAGGAUCCCCAGGGGGAAUGGACCUUGGAGAUUGAGAAUGUGGCCAGUCUUAAUGACUAUGGUGUUCUCUCUCAGUUUACCCUCAUCCUGUAUGGUACCGGAUCCAGUGCAGCAGAUCCAUCUGUUUCUGACUACACUCGACCUUCAAAUAACAGCUGCAAAACAUUUGACACCCAGCAGAUCUGCAUCGAAUGCAGCACGGGUUUCUCACUUUUCUUGGAAGGCUGUGUGAAGUCCUGCCCUCCUGGCUUCAGUUCUGGACCUCAGGUCCUCAACUUGUCCUUGGACAACUGGGUGGAGCACUUCACUGUACAGGCCUGCCUGCCUUGCCACACAUCCUGCCUAACGUGUUCUGGACCUGGGGAGACCGAAUGUCUUUCCUGCCCUCCCCACAGCCACCUAGUGGUCACUUCCUGCUUGCACCAGAACCAGGUGCAGCGAAAAUCUCCCAACAUCCCUGUGCUCCAGCACGGGGUCAGUGCUGAGGUGGAUCCAGGCUCAGAAGUGUCCUUGCGUGAGCCUGGGGUGUCCUCGAAAUUGCCGACACUGGUGGCGGUGCUGAGUUGUGCCUUCAUCUUGGCGACUUUCGCAGCCGUUUUUGUGCUGCUACAGCUGCACUCUGGAGCGGCCAGUGCCCCCUUCUGUAGGAGGACCAAACUGCCGGUGACGGACACAAGCAAAGGGGGGAUUCGAGUGGGGUUUGGGUUUGGACUGGGACACGGGAAGGUGUCGUAUCGCGGGAUCCCCACUGUGUGGGGGGACGAAGACACGGUGGGGGGAAUGAACUCGGACUCAGACAGUGAGGAGCUGGAGUAUCACAGCGAAAAGACUGCUUUUAUACGGACUCAGAGUGCUCUUUAGCACUUUUAUACAUCUGUCUUCCUUGUAAUAGGAUACAGAACAAAUAAGAGAGACUUGUGGAUCGACUGAGAUUUUGAGGUGUGUCUGUGUGUGUGUGUGUGAGAGAGAGAGAGUGAAAAGUUCAACUAUGAAGAAAUGAGUUAAUAUGGCGCAACUGCAAUUCCAAAGUUUAACUCAAAUCUGAUUAAACACAAGACAGUCUCUGCUGCGCUGAUUAAGUCCCUUUAUUUUCACUUUUAUUUGUCCUCGUGGUCUGGGUCUAAUGUCCUGAGAUUUAAACCACUAAACAGGAUCAACACAAUCAGAUGUGGGUGUGUGUUUGUUUGUGUGCGUAGAUGUGCUUGUGCGUGUGCAGGGUUUGUGUAAACCCAAACAUUUAGUUUGUAACAAGUUUAAAAGGGCUGAAAUUUGUUCCAGUCAACUUUUUAUUAAAAGUUUUGGACUGUUUUAUGCACAAUGCUUUUUGCAGCAAGUCAAUGCACUUCUAUAACUUCUAUAACUAUUACUGCAUUGCCAUUUGAUUGCUCAUCAUUCGUGCGAUAAAUCUUUAAUCCCUGACAAUAAAGUCAACAUUCAGUUCUUUCUGCUAGUCAAAGGCAGCUCCGGGACAUUUCCAGUGAUUUGAUCAGAGAUUAUUUAACUGUGCAUAAUUUCAUACUAUUGCAACAACAGCAGCAAAGAGAUAUAUAACAGAACAAAAUUAGAUAACACGCGCAAACCUCAGUUUGCUAAGAGCCUCCGGCAUGGAUUCUGAAUGGCAGGGAUCACAGACAAACAAUCUAAAUAUUGAACUGAAACAGCUCGUAAUAUCGUCAGACGUGCAGAGAGAAUGGCAGUAGCUAAAUGUAUCACAGACCACAGCCAUGAUGCAUUUUUAUUUUAACUGUUGACUUUUAAGGUUUGUUUGUUCUAGCUCCGAAUUAUUAACAUGUUCCCUCACAAAUGUCACAGAGCUGCUGUUUUUCAGAAUAGGUUUUCAAUAUUACUGACAGAAAAAAUGUCUGUCUCAGAGGAUGUUUUAUUGAUUUUCAGGUCUGAUUUUAACACUAAAACUUGCCUUUGCUUGAAAAAAAUGGGGCCUCAAAA